AUGACGGUCCAGCAGCCGUUCUUGACCCUGAACAGCGGUUAUAAAAUUCCCCAGGUUGGCUUGGGGACAUUUAUGGCACCCCCUAACGAAGUGGAAAAUGCUGUUCUAACUGCGAUUGAUACGGGUUACCGCCACAUCGAUUGUGCCUAUAUAUACGGAAAUGAAUGUGAGGUCGGAAAUGCCCUGAAGAAAAAAUUUGAUGAUGGAACGAUAAAACGUCAGGAUGUCUUCAUCACAUCAAAGUUAUGGUGUGAUGCCCAUCGCUUGAAAGAUGUGCGUCCAGCAUGCGAAAAAAGCUUACGCAUGCUGGGACUGAAAUAUUUGGAUCUUUAUCUUGUCCAUUGGCCCGUUUCCUUCCAUGUCAAAGAGGGCAGGAAAUUCUCUAGAGACGAUCCAGAUGCGUUGGAAUAUGAAGAGGUACCCUUGGAAGAGACUUGGAAGGGUAUGGAGGCCCUCGUUGAAGCUGGUCUCGUGAGGUCGAUUGGUGUUUCUAACUUCAACAAGGCUCAGAUUGAACGAAUUCUGGCCAUUUGUAAAAUUCCUCCCGCGGUAAAUCAAAUUGAGGUUUCGGUGAACUGGCUAAAUGAUAAAAUGAUCGAGUACGCCCACUCCAAUGGCAUUCAGAUCACUGCUUUCUCCCCAUUCGGCUCUCCCGGUCUCAUGACGUGCGUUUUCAUACUGUCUCCUUUACGAUUUCCUUACUUGGCUGUCUAA